AUGUCGAAUUCUUUUGCUUUUCCUUCUAUACAUGACUUUCCACCGUUUUAUACAUUUCAACCAACUCAAACAACAUGGCAAAAUCAAGUUGCGCUUUGGUCAGAAAUAAUUUUAUCAUAUUAUAGACAUCACAAAUUAUAUCGUCUUGAAUUAUCCGAAGCAUUAAAUAGUGAAUUGUUUUAUAAUAAAGGAAUUAAUCGAAGAUUAAAGCUUGAUACAUUAAAAAUGAUAAUUGACGAAAUGGUUAAACAAGGAAUGGCAGAAUGGGAUUCACCACCUAAAAAAACUACCGCAAUUAUUUAUUGGAGAAAACCAGAAGAAUGGGCAACCUUAAUUAAUAAUUGGGUAUUUGAAGCUGGAAUGACGAAUUCUAUAUUAACAGUAUAUGAAAUUGCACAUGGGGAUACUACUGAGGGCUUGGAAUUUCAUAAGUUGGAUCAGAUAAUUUUAAUGAAAUCAUUGGAUAUAUUAGUGAAAAAAGGUGUAGCACAGACAUUUCAAGGUACUAGUGUUGAUGAUAUAG